AUGACUACAAAAAAUUCUUUUAAGAAACGCGUUUCCUCCUCCUCCUCUUCUUUCUCCCCUUCUUCUUCAUUGUCAACUUCCUCAACAAUAAAUCAAAAAAAAAUCUUACCAGCCUCAACUAGACUUUCACCAUAUAAUGGGCAAUUAUUAAUAUCUACCGGAGGAGGAUUACCAGUUGGUACUGUGUUAUUAAUAAAAGAAGAUCGUAACACUGAAUAUUCAAAGUUAUUAUUGAAAUAUUUUUUGGCACAAGGGAUUAGUUCAGAACAUCAUGUAUUGUUGAUAACAGCUGAAGAAAAUCCAAAGAAAUUAAUAUCCAAUCUACCUUGGAGUUCUUCAAAGCUAAUUACACUGAUUGAUGGCACUAAUUGGAUUAAUCAAGAAAAUAUUGUUAAAGAUAACGUUGAUGAUAAAAAUCAAUAUGAAACAAUUUUGAUUAAAUUGCAAAAAAUUAUCAAGGAGAAUAAUCCUAGAAACAUCCUUAGAAUAGGAAUACAUUCUAUUGCAUCACCGUUUUGGAAAGCUAGAAAUUCCAAUGAUGUUUUUAGAUUUUUGCAUGCACUAAGAGGAUUGAUUAGAAAUACAUAUAGUUCGGCAAUCAUUACAAUACCAGCAUAUCUAUAUGAACCAAUAAAUGCAUCAUUUAUAAGAAAAAUUGAACAUAUUUGUGAUGCAGUUGUAGAAAUUGAAUCAUUUGCAGGAUUUAAAUUAAGACGCAAAAGAUUUUCAAUUGAAGUAUUUCAUUUACCUCCUGAAGGUGAAAUCAAAGAGACAAAAUCCAAUAAUGAUAAUCUAGGAAUUAAUGAGCAGAAAAAUUUUGGUGAGGACUGCUUUCAAGUUUCAGUUAAUUGUCAACUGAAUAGUGAUUCUCCUACCUACAACUUUACUGUUCGUAAAGUAGGAAGCUGUAAUUUGACACUUUGGGAAAAUUCUCCUGUUCUUGAUCAAUUGGAUCAAUUAAAUAUUGACAUAAAAAAUGUUAAGAGAUGGAUGGCUUAUGUCAAGUGUGACGCACCUCUUAUGCUGAAAAACAUAACCGAGUUGGACACUAGUGAAGCGGUAAUACUCCCAUACGAUUAUGCUUUGUGUAAAUAUUACCUGGCUCGUGCGGAGGAUCUCCACGUUCCAAUAUUCGUAGGAACGAGUGAAAGUUGUAAUGAGUUGAUGGCGAAUGAUGGAUCUUAUGGUACAAUCAGUCCUAUUAUUACAACAACUCCUACAACAAUUCCUCCCACCGUCACUGAUACUACUAAUGAUGAAAAUAAAAAAGUGAUGGAUACCUAUAAGACUGCUAUGAUAAUCUUAUACGCAAUAUCUGGUGUAGUAUUAGGCGUAUUCUUUUUGGUGAUAAUCACAAAUCUUGUUAGAAACAGAUCUGCUUCAUCUCGUCCAUCAGCAAGAAGGUCUCGCGAUAUUGAUGGAAAUGACGAUAAUAAUGAACCUGGAAUUACAAAAUCUGUUUUGGAUAGUUUUCCUGUUUAUUUAUUCUCUUUAAGAGGCAAUAAUAACGAUAAUAAUAAUGACCUUGAAAAAAAUAAAUCUAAAGCAAUCGAUAAAUUAGAUACAAUAAAUGAUUCUACUCCGGUUAUUAGUCGUCAAGAUGAUCAAAAUUUAGAAAAAUUGACUAAAACCGAUAAUGACACUAACAACGAUAAUGAAGAUGUUAUUAAUAUCAAGAUAGAUACAUUACAAGAACCUAAAGCUGCAAUUUUAAAAGAAAAUAAAUCUAUAGUUCCACCUGCUAUAUUAGCAUCAAAUAAUAUAACUGAUGCACAAUUAACUUGCCCAAUUUGUUUGGGAGAUUUUGAACAAGGCGAAAAAUUAAGAAUCUUACCUUGUCAUCAUCAAUACCACAUAUCUUGUAUUGAUCCUUGGCUUUUAGAUGUAUCAUCAUUAUGUCCAAUGUGUAAAGCUGAUUGCACGACUUGGAAUAUUGAUGAAAGUAAUAAUGAAGACUCAAAAACACCAACUACAAUUAUCACUACUACAAAUUCUUCUACUUCUUCACCUAUUGAAUCUAGAAAUAAUGAUCAUGGUGCUUUCCCUCACUUCAGAUGGGUAAAAUAUCUUGCAUCUAUUCGUAAAGAAGGACGUAGAACAAGCAGAUUAUUUAGAAAUUCACAAUCAACAUUAGUCCCAAUUGAUUUUAAUUAUUUUAUUUUUAAAGUAUAA